UUCAUAAGGUUUUAAAUUCUGUUUAGAUUGCAUUUAAAAUCACCUGCUUUUAGUUAGCAUUUAGAAAUGAUUUUUAAUGUUUUUUUAAUGAGAGCUAAGUGAAUGAUCAACAACUCCUUCGCCUAUUGCAAUCUCUGUUUCUGCGCAAUAAAAUUAUUUGUAGAUAAGGCAAGGUCCGGGGAUCAAGCCAAGCAACGGUAAACAUAUAUCUCUGCCUAGGGAACUCCCUGGAGAAACGACUCUCAAGAUCAGUUCUCCACUGGCUUUCGGAGUGAUCAGACCUCAGCGAGUCUAAAAAUACUUUCAAAAUAAAAAUAAAAAGAGAAAAAAUAUUCAUAGAGUGACCUACAUUGAGAGCUGCGAACAUGUCAACCGUACAGACCGUUCUGGGUACUAUUACCCCCAACCUUUUGGGGCGAACUUUAACCCACGAGCAUGUGGCUUUAGAUUUUGAGCACUUCUACCGCCCGCCGCCUCCGGACUUUGAGAGUGAACUUAAGGCUAAGAUCAGCAUGUCCACCCUGGGUUAUGUCAGGCUUUAUCCAUAUUCCAGCAUGGAGAAUGUUAGAUUUUAUGAUGGCGAAGCCUUGGAGGCUGCCAAGAAAGAUGUUCUGCUGUACAAGAAACACGGUGGUGGUAGCAUUGUGGAGAAUAGUAGUUAUGGCCUGAAACGCAAUCUGGAGUUCAUUGUGGAACUGGCCAAGAGCACUGGUGUGCACUUUAUAGUUGGUACAGGUCACUAUAUCCACGCCAUGCAGGAUGCUAGUCAUGCCAGCUUGACUGUAGAGCAAAUGAGUGAUCUUUACUCGAAGGAUAUCAUCACUGGCCUGGAGGUCAAUGGGAAGAUGGUCAAAUGCGGAUUCAUUGGCGAGGUGGCCAGCGUGUUUCCUAUUCAUGAUUUUGAAAAGAAUUCUAUAAAGGCUGCUGGUGAGAUCCAGGAAGUCCUGGGUUGCGGUGUCUCCAUGCAUCCUCACCGUGUGACCAAAGCUCCCUUCGAGAUCAUGCGUCUUUACCUCGAGGCGGGAGGACGUGCCGACAAGUGUGUGAUGUCACAUUUAGAUCGCACACUUUUCGAUAUUGAUGACCUUGUUGAGUUCGCCAAGCUAGGCUGCUAUAUCCAGUACGAUCUCUUUGGCACUGAGUGCUCUUUCUACCAGCUAAAUACCAGCGUGGACAUGAUCUCCGAUGGUCAACGUAUUGACAACCUAAUAAAGCUCAUCAAAGAGGGUUUGGUGGACAAGCUGCUAAUGUCCCACGACAUCCACACUAAACAUAGAUUGACCUCCUAUGGCGGUCAUGGCUAUCAUCACAUCCACACCAAUAUCCUGCCGAGAAUGUUCGAUCGUGGUGUUACCUUAGAGCAAGUUGAGCAAAUGACGGUUACCAAUCCGGCCAACUGGUUAGCCUUUGACCCCUAAAGUCAUGUUGUUAUUUUGGUAGCUUCUCUUAUCGGUUUAGUGCAUGUUGAUAAGAUAAGCCUGGUUCUUGUGGCAAUAAUAAAUGGGUGUGUCUUUCAGUUUUA